CUCAUUCAUUCGCAGAGAAAAGUAUCUGUCCGUAAAGACGUAGUCGGGUGUUAUAUGUCCUUAAGAGAACUGAUAGAAAAAAGGAAAACGUCGCAUCGACUUGAUCUGAGUCAUAGAGCAGAAUAGUCCCAAUAUGCGUAGAGAGCGGGCUCUCCCUUAAGAACUGCAGAUCCACAGAUAAACUGACAUUUUACAUUGGCAAGACACAUUUAGAAGUCUGGAGCUUUGGACCAGUCGGCUCGCUCAUCCGCGCAUUUGAACAGGGGGUUUAAUUAGGAGCCAUGGCCAAGUUAUUCCGAGCUGCUAUCAUGGGUCCACCAGGAUCAGGGAAAGGAACGAUAUCCAAGAGGAUUGCGCAAAGCUUUGGCCUACAAUAUCUGUCCAGUGGCCAUUACCUACGAGAGAGCAUAGCGGCAAAUACAGAGGCAGGUGUGCUGGUGAGGAGCUACGUAGAAAGAAGUAUGCUGGUGCCUGACCAUGUGAUGACCAGACUGAUGCUGCCCAGACUGGAACAGCUGAUCGGCCACAGCUGGCUGCUGGAUGGUUUUCCCCGCACUUUGUCGCAGGCCCGAGCCCUGGACAAUUUGUGCCAGCUGGACCUGGUCAUCAGCCUCAACAUCCCCUACGAGACUCUGAGGGAGAGACUGAGCGACCGCUGGGUCCAUCCAGGCAGUGGCCGGGUCUACAACAUGGGCUUCAACCCGCCACGAGUGCAGGGAAAGGAUGACAUCACUCGGGAGCCACUGAUUCAGCAUGAUGAUGACAAACCAGAAGCUCUGAUGGCCAGACUGAGACACUACAAAGAUGUGGCCAAGCCUGUCAUAAACUUGUACAAGUCACAGGGAAUCCUGCACUCAUUUUCGGGUACAGAGACGGACCGGAUUUGGCCUUAUAUCAACUCCCUCCUCAGCACCAAGAUGCACACACAGCCGUCAGAUGCCGUCCAAACCCAGACACCCUGACACUUCUCUGAUUGAAAAGACCACAAGGAAUCAUCAAGACGCAGCCAGAAGAGGUUGGGUGAUGUUUUCACAUGCUGGUCUCAGUUUUUAGUUCCAUUCUUAGUGAGGUUUAAGGGCACUGAUGAAAACUGUAGUCAUCAAACAUGUUUGUGGUUCAAUAGCCAGGUGUUUUUUCAAAAGAACAGUUGUAUGCAAAUAUUUCUAGAGCUUUAUUGAUUGUGUUGGUUUCUGCACUAUUAUAGUGAAAUGUUCAGAUUGCAAAACUAUUCUUUGUAAAUCCUAAUUUUUUACAAGCACUCACCAGGCAACACUUUUGUCUUUAUUUUUAUCUGCAAUCGUUACAAUUCCACCUCAUAAAAUUAAAAGAAUGGCUGGUCUAAGAGCAAAAGAAAAUUGCUUAGUGAAAGAGAAUACCGUUCAUUGCAGCUCUCCAGUAUCAAUAUUUAAUCACUACGAUACAGGGGUAAGAUUGAAUAUUAAACCAAAAACAUAUUUAGUGUCUCACUCUCACUUUAAAAGUUUGAAACCAACUCAGUUAAGUUAUUUUCAAAAUAAAACUUUGAUGAAGUCAAACACACAGAUUGUAUUAAUUACACUUUAAAUGACAUUUUCAUAAUCAAGUUAACUAUUACGUUGUUGCCUCUAUGAAUAUGCUCUACACAGUUUUGGAGGGAAACCCCCAAUUACCCAAUAUGCAAUUAAAAGUGAAUUGCAUAUUACACUUAACAAAAUCAUCAUCACAGCUUUUACUUACAGAUUCACUGAAUGCAAAACUGACCCUUGCAAUGUGUCUUAUGAAAAGUAAAAAUCAAUCUCUGACAGACAUUAUUUGGGUCAAAUUUUUGCUAAAAAGUUGUGCAGGCCUGAGUGUUGUGUAUUAUGCUGUAUAUAAAGCCUUCUAGUCUGCUGUUACAAAUGCAACGAUCCUGCAGACCAGUUUUUAAUUGUUUGGCCUUUAUCGGCUCAGUGCUUCUAUAACAUUUCCAUCAAUAGCAUAAACAAUGUGCACUGUAUAAACAGCUAUUCUUUACUUUUGUACUGAAAUGCUGAAGAAUAUUAUGCAAUCUGCAACUGAUAACGUGCAGGACAAUCUUCUUGGUUCGCUGGUGCUGGACUUGCACUAGAUUUAAAAAGCCCACACAGUGACUGAACAGCCCACUCUGUGGCUGGGAUGAAGACCGAUGCACAGAAUAUAGAGUGCCUUCAAUGCUGUUACAUAUCUUUUAUAUAUAUAUGGUUACUUAGAGAUUUGAAUCAUCAAAAUGUCACUGAUAAAUGUUAACAAAUAGAAAUGUUAACAUUUAGAAAUGUGAAUCAUAUACUGCUCCUCCGGGAUGGGUCAAAUGCGGAGAACCGAAUUUCCCCAUUGUGGGCUAAUAAAGGCUUAAUUAUUAUUAUGUCUUGGUCUUGUAUAUGUCUUGGUCUUGUAGGUAUGUAUGUAUAAAUGCAUUUUUUUAAGUGAUUGGUUAAGGUUUGUAAUAAUAAAAAACGCAAAAUAAGCAACAUACACGCAACCCAUCACAUGCAAAAAUAUAUUUUUAAUCAUUUCUGUUAUGAGGUCAAAACUGCCUUGUGUCAGCGUUUUUGUUUUUGUUAUGGUCUAAAAAUAGUGGGUUUUGUAUGUUGUACAGAUUUAAGAUCUGGGGGAGGGAAGACCAAAGAUACAAAUGAAGGUACAACAUUUCUGCCUGAGUAACAAGAGGUUAAGCUGUCUGUGGAUGAGUGGAUGGAAUGAGUCUGUAGGAGGAGGAGUCUCUCACAGCAUCUGAUUUACACUUUGGUUUCAUGUUGGGGAACUCAAUAUGCCAGUCUGUGUUGUUGAAUAAAAGGGUGUGGAGUAAAAGUGUUAUGUUGUAUGGGACCACACCCCACUGCUGUUGUGUAACACCAGCUUUGUGGGAUUUUUCUUCCUUAUUUUCGAUCCCCGCUGUCCAAACUUGUUACAUUCUCAGAACAAUAAAACUAUUUUUCUCAA